GGAAGCGCGCGCCGCCUACGUCAUGGGAUUGUCACCAACGAGACAGCUGGGCAACCGAGUAUGAAACUUGACUAGAGUUGGCAGUAAUAUCCCUCUUAAUUUUAUAUUUCAGGGUAGAGCAUCGCGGUGUCUAAAGGACUAUUUUUCCCUUUCCUAAGAUUAAAAAAAAAUGGAGCCGUCAGCGCCGAAAAGCAAGCUAAAGAAACUGAGUGAAGACAGUCUGACCAAGCAGCCAGAAGAAGUAUUUGAUGUUCUGGAAAAACUCGGUGAAGGGUCCUAUGGCAGCGUUUACAAAGCUAUUCACAAAGAAUCCGGCCAGGUCGUCGCCAUCAAGCAGGUGCCGGUGGAGUCCGAUCUGCAGGAAAUCAUCAAGGAGAUAUCCAUCAUGCAGCAGUGCGACAGUCCCUACGUGGUGAAGUACUAUGGCAGCUACUUUAAGAACACAGACCUGUGGAUCGUGAUGGAGUACUGCGGAGCGGGCUCUGUCUCCGACAUCAUCAGACUGCGCAACAAAACGCUCACAGAGGACGAGAUCGCCACCAUCCUCAAGUCCACCCUGAAGGGACUGGAGUACCUGCACUUCAUGAGGAAGAUCCACAGAGACAUAAAGGCCGGGAACAUUCUGCUGAACACAGAAGGCCACGCCAAGCUGGCCGACUUUGGUGUGGCUGGUCAGCUGACGGACACCAUGGCCAAGCGCAACACAGUGAUCGGCACGCCCUUCUGGAUGGCUCCAGAGGUGAUCCAGGAGAUCGGGUACAAUUGCGUGGCGGACAUCUGGUCCCUGGGCAUCACCUCCAUAGAGAUGGCGGAGGGCAAGCCUCCCUACGCGGACAUCCACCCAAUGAGGGCCAUCUUCAUGAUUCCCACGAACCCACCUCCAACCUUCCGGAAGCCUGAGCUCUGGACCGACGAGUUCACAGAUUUUGUGAAGAAGUGUUUAGUGAAGAACCCUGAGCAGAGGGCUACAGCUACACAGCUCUUACAGCAUCCCUUCAUCAAGAACGCCAAGCCAGUGUCCAUCCUGCGAGACCUGAUCACGGAGGCCAUGGACAUCAAGGCCAAGAGACACCAGGAGCAGCAGCGCGAGCUGGAGGAGGAUGAGGAGAACUCUGAGGAGGAGGUGGAGGUGGACUCCCACACCAUGGUGAAGACCAGCUCGGAGAGCACAGGUACCAUGAGGGCCACGGGCACUAUGAGCGACGGAGCGCAGACAAUGAUCGAACACGGCAGCACCAUGCUGGACUCCGACCUGGGCACCAUGGUCAUCAACAGCGACGAGGAGGAGGAGGAGGACAGCACGAUGAAGAGAAACGCCACUUCCCAGCAGGCUCAGCGGCCCUCCUUCAUGGACUACUUCGACAAGCAGGACCCGAAGGGCAAGGCCCAGGAGAACUGCAACCAGAACAGGCCGGAUUCCUACCACAUAGCCAAGAAUGUCUUCCCUGACAACUGGAAGGUGCCGCAGGACGGGGACUUUGACUUUCUGAAGAAUCUGAGCUUCGAGGAGCUGCAGAUGCGGCUGAGUGCGCUGGAUCCCAUGAUGGAGCGGGAGAUCGAGGAGCUGCGCCAGCGCUACACGGCUAAGCGCCAGCCCAUCCUGGACGCCAUGGACGCCAAGAAGCGGCGCCAGCAGAACUUCUGAGGGCCAUCCGGAGGGGGUGGGGGGGGGCCCUCCCCACACCAGUACCCCACGGAUCUCUGAAGCCCGAUCCCUGGGAGUGCCACUCCCAUUUAUUCUGAGCCUCUGUGUAAUUAUACAAACCACUCCUCUGAUCUGGGAGCCCUGCCCAUCGCAUGGGCAUGAAUGCCUGUGGGCGCCAUUUCUUCUUUAUCCUGCCCCCCCUGCUCCUGGGUCAUGCUCGGUUUCCCUUCUCCACCGGUGAUCCCAAAGCCCUGUCGCACGGUAGAGGUCAUUCACACCAGUACCAUGUCUGUCCCCCUGGAUCCUCCUCGCCCUUUUUGUCCCUUGUGAGGCACACUACCUGACUUAGCUCACCAACACUGCUGCACGCCCUUACGGAAGCCCCCUUCCAGCACCCCUGAACCCCCACACACACAAUCGCUCUGGUUUUAAUGCACAUGUGGUUCCUCGUUUCCAUUGUACAAUCUGCCUGUCUGUCACUACCAGCGUUUCUGGGUGAUAUGAAGCAUAGCUGUUAAUAAUUAUGCUAAUAUACUAUAUUUGUUAUUUAAGAGAGGGAUAGAAUAUGAAGUGUUUAGGGGGCCUUACCCCCGUUUGUGUUGGUUUUUUUUUUACGUUACCAUUAGGUUUGAAUUCCCCCCCCCCUCCAUCAUCUUUCACUGAGGUUUGAAUAGAUGUGAAAGAGUUGGACUCCAGAAUGUUUGAAACCAAAGAGACUCUACUGAAGGAUGCAUGUUACCAUGGUGAUGCAAGAUGGAUUGGGUGCCUUAAGAAGGUCUGAAGUUCAGUCUGUGGUCAUCAAAAGCACAGCAGGUCAAGGAUCAUCGGGUGAAAUGUGUUUAGAACGGUCCAAAAAAACAUGCAAUAUUGAGUUUUGGAAAAUAUUUGGUGCAUUUAGUCUGAUUACGAUUUCUCAGCACCUUUUGGGGACCAACUGAAAGGUGAAAAGUUGAAUAAGGACAAGUAUUUGUUUCCGGCGUGUUUCUGACCAUUCAAGGAUGUUUUUAUGUGCUUAAUAAACCCUAAUUUACAUUUGCUAAAAAGCAAGUUUUCUCCAGUACUUAUAAUGUUACGAAUGUCUCGAAUAUGUUAGAGUAUGACUUUGAUUCCUGUGUUUUGUCCCGAGGCCUGCGAGUGCAUCCUUAGCCAGCGCUUUUCUAGAAACUUCCACGCUCCUACGAUUUUUACCGCCCUUGUUUUUCAGUAGAUCCAUGCUUUCAGUCGCGUUACUACGCUGAGGAAACCCGCAUUAGUUACUGAAGGCUGUGUGGCCCUGUGCCGUCAUAUGAGAUCCUUCUACAUGAAGAAACCCAUGUUAAAAUGUCAGCGUAACUAUUCCUGAAAUGUUUCAGCUUGCAGUCUAAUUCUUCCCCAGUUUUUAACAGCCAACGGUACCAGUACUGAGGAUGAAGGCGGAGUUGGUUCUGUCUGAGAUGUGAUUAGCUUAUCAUUAUAAGCUGGAUGCUGAACUGUCAAACAGGCUCAUCGGGUGCAACCAGAUGGAGGCAUGAAGCUGCAUUUUGGUCACGAGCUGUUGCCUUCAUGUUGCUAUAUUUAGCGAGACAGUUUAAGGCUGGAAACAAGCAGACUUUAUUGAAAAGCCAGUUGAAAAAAAAACUGACACUGAAUCUUCCCGGAUAGACAUGGAGCUGCACUUUUUUUAUUUAUUGAUAUUUUUCUUAGCUCAGGGGAUAAAGUACUGCUUUGAAGUUCUCGUAUUUUGUUCUUUGUCGAUUUAUGUUGUAAACGUUUUCUUUUUUAGCCAAAGCUUAUCAUUUGGUGUGUCCUGAAGCUUUUCGGGUGUGUUGCCCGUUGUUCAGUCGUUCAGAAGUCCACACAAAACAAACUGUUUAUUUACAGGAAGCGUUGCGUCCGUCUUUCCUGGCUGAACCUGAACCUGCAGUGUUUGGGUCGGGCCGUGAGACGCACUUAGCAAUAAGAUGCCGGAUUUUAAAUGAACGCGCAGUAGGAAGACCUGUGCUAUCAUCUUAAAUGCAUAAAAAUGGCAUCGGCGGUGUCGCAGCCGCUGCACUAAUGCCUAGCUCCGCUCGACUGCACUCCACUGGGGCGCCAGCAGUCGCAUUUAAGGCGCAGCGAUUCCUUCGGCCAUGCGGCCAAUCUGGUCACAGAAUUUAAAUGCGAGUGACAUAUCGACGGGCUCGUAAUGUCAAAUGAAAUUGGUUUUCCUGUCUUAGAAAUAAAGACUUUAGCUGUAAGACCGAUUUACAUACGUGAAGAUAAAUGAUUACUGGCAGGACGGUCCUUGGUCACUUGGAUUAACAUGCUAAAGGAAAUAGUGCUUAAAGUGAUCUUUCAGAUUUACGACUCAUAGAGUGACAUUUAACUGCCCCCCCCCCCUUUCAUACUUUAAAGGGGAUCACAGAUCCCUGCUGCAAUUAUGUCAGCUUCCUGUAUAUUGCCAUUGUUAAUCUGUUUGUACUUAAACAUGGAAUUCUGUCUCAUUAGGCUUCUAGACAUUUUCUCUGUUGGUUGAAUCUUGUUAAUGCCAAGUUUGCCUGCUACAGUGAAGGUGUAACGUGAAUCAGCCAUCAAGCCGGAGAGGGCAGAAUGCGUGUUUCUCAGAGGCGAUGAUAGUGCCCCCCCCCCCCCCCCCCGUCCUGAUUCUCAGAAGCAGUGAAGGAGUUUUUCAUUUGACUUCUAAUCAGCAGUGACUCUAAAUCAGGACCGAAAACCUGUUUCUGUCUCAGGGGUGUUUAACAACAACAACAAAAAAAUGUUUUAUUUUAUGAUUCCUGGUUACCUGCGUGUAAAAAUGAAGAAAAUUCAGCCUGAAGAUGAUCCUGUUUUUCUGGAUUCAGCCCAUUUAAGAUUAAAAUGCAAAAGCUAGUAUGCCACUUUCACAGCCGUUAUUAUUUUGGGGUUUUAAGGUGUAGCCAGACUGCUCCUCCCUGCGUCAGUUCUGCCGGUUGUAAAUAGCUACUUUUGUUUUUUGAAAACUGCCGACUAGAUGCACUGACAGGCCGUGGGAAUUUUUGGAACAGAUUUGUAACCUUGUACUGAACAUGCAUAACUUAUUUUAUGAAAUGUAUUUUCCUACGAAGCACAUUAAAACCAUAGCCCAGCUGA